GACUUUAUCUCAAAGUAUAUAAACUUCUUUCCGUUGUAGAGGUUACGCUCAUGUCUGUUCGAGUGUUCUUUGAGCUAUCCACGAGCGUGGUGAAUCCUAAAUAUCUAGGCUGCUCACCUUUUUUUGAAUCUGAAAAUCACCGUUUGGACACGUCGCCUCCAAGUGUUUUGAAAGCAGUAUAUAAUUGCAUGUUUUGUACCAAGCGAAGCUUGAACACACGUAUUAUCGGGUUCUGUCAGCCUACUUUGGGGCAGUGUAUAGAGGAUUUAAAAAUGGAGGUGAGAGCUAGCACCCUUAUCGGUGAUUCGUCGGCGCUGCAGAACGUACUGGCGCGCCGGCGCGGCGAGGUCGAGGUUGAUACCUUGCCAUGGAAACCUCGGGAAGAGUAUAUAAUGUGGCUUCGGCAGCAAGGAAGGCUCGCUGGUGACGUACGAGCUGAUGAAUGAAGCUAUCUCUUUUCAUGACUGCUAU